AUGGGGGCGGUCGGGCCGCGCGCCGUCCCUGCACCCCCGCCCCCGGCCCCGGGCUCCGCCAUCCGCCGGUCCGCCGCGGACGGGAGCGGAGACUGCAGCGCGGUGCGGCCUCGCAGGAGCCGCCACGUCCCCGCCCCGCCCGCCCCGACUCACAUCGCCCCGCGGCCCGGGCGGCGCCGGGCCCCGCUCCCGGCCCCGACCCCUCUACCAGCCUGGGAGGGCGUGGGGGAGGGAGGGCUGAGCUCCCGGGGGCUGGAGGCGGGCGCUGCGCCUUGGGGUGGGGACUCAGUGAGGGGAACCAGACGGCGGGGUACGACCAGAACGGCCCAGACACCGGCGCGCCGCGAGGGUGAGUCCCCAGCAGAGUCCCGCCUCUUCUCUAAGCUCCCAGCAGCCAGACUGGGAACCCCAGCUGACCGGGCACCACACCACGCUGCCUGCCUCCAAGGCCAGGGAUUUGCUGCCGGCCCUCCUGUGCCCGCUGCGGUCAGAAUCCAUCUCAGCUCUCAAAGGCAACCUCCUCCUAAAGCUCCCCUUCGUCCUAAUGUGACCGUGGGCGAGACUUUGCCAUCGGUGUUGGUGCUGAACCCUGGCUGGCCCCACCGAGGGGAGGGCCUCACCGCUGGGGAUGCAGGCCCACCAGCGAACUUCGACAGUGGCCCAGGCCACCUGCCGGAGGAGGACCUUGAGGAGACCUCUGCUCAGGAUCCUGAAGUUCUGAGCCCGGGGCUCCUUGGCCUGGACACCAAACGAGCCCCCAACUGGCCUGGGCUCCAGAUGCUCCUGCAGCAGCUCCCUCCUCAAGACGGUGAUGAGCGAUACUGCCUGGCCCUUGGGGAGGAGGAGCUGGCUGAGCUCCGGCUCUUCUGUGCCCAGCGGAGGCGUGAGGCCCUGGGACAGGGGGUGGCGUGCCCGAUACCUCCCAAGCUCCAAGAAUGCACCUGUGGAAAGAUAUCCAGCACUCCCGCCUGGCAGUGCAGGGAGCGCCUGAGGCCAGGGGAAUACGGAGUGUUUGCGGCCAGGGCAGGAGAGCAGCCCUGCUGGCACCAGGCUUGCUUUGCUUGCCAGGCCUGUGGCCAGGCCCUGAUGAACCGCAUCUACUUCUACCACGAUGGGCAUCUCUACUGCGGCCGUCAUCAUGCUGAGCUGUUGAGGCCACGCUGCCCUGCUUGUGACCAGCUGAUCUUCUCCCCGCGCUGCACCGAAGCGGAGGGAUGGCGCUGGCACGAGAACCACUUCUGCUGCCAGGACUGCGCCGGGCCCUUGGGGGGUGGACGUUAUGCUUGGCCGGGGGGCGGCCCCCGCUGCCCCACUUGCUUUGAGAGUCGCUACUCGGAUGCCGGCUGGAGCCUGGCCGCGACCCUGGAAGGCAGGCCGCCCCUUGGGGAGGCGGGGCCCGGCAGAGCCGAAGGAGGGGACCGCGCUCCGCUACCCUCCGCGGCCGGCUCCGGAGCAGACUUCGCCGCGGCCGCCGGCUCCAGUCCAGAAUCCCAGAGGCGGCUGCUUGGGUCCAGCCGGGAACAGGAGAGCCCAGCUGGGGACAAGGCGGAGGUGCCCAGAGGACGGGGGCAGGGCCCCCUGGAGACGUCCCCUGCCCCACCUGCUCCUCUUCCUCCGACUCAACCCGAAGGCUUUUUCUUAGGUCAGCGCCUUCCCCGGCCCCGAGCGGCCCCGAGACGCCUCCAGGCUGGUGACAGUGGCACCUCCAGGAAGCGUUGCACCGUUUGCUAGGGGCGCGGCCGGGAGCAGGGGGAG